AGUUCGUUGGCCGCGGUGGCGCGCGGGUCCCGCCUGUGGUGGCUGGGCUGCAGCAGGUCCCUCAUCAUUUGUAUAUAGAAAAAGGAUCAGCCAUGAAAUGUGUAAGAAAAAGAAGCACUGCUGAGCAGUUUGAGACUUGUGGCAUCUGGCUGGACACUGCAAAGUUAAAGAAGCGCAAAAUACAGACUCUCAUAUCCAAGCCAACUUCAAACAUGCCAAAUCCACUUCUGGAGAGGAACUAUAAUAGUCACAUUUCAGUUAAUUUUACUCAGACAAGACUUUCCCAGGCAUACACCAGGCAAACUACCAUCUCUUCGUUCUUCAGCAUUCAACCAACAGGACAGAAAAUCCACCUAGUCUCAUUACAAGGCAUUUUCCGUGGGCAGAGACAGAGAAUGCCUUUACUGGUGUGCAGGUGAAAAGGAUGAAGAAAACUUAAAGACACAUCCUCUCAUGUCAAAUAAAGGAAAG